AUGAUUCAAGUACAGUACGAUCAAAACUUACAAAACUUAUACCACCAAAACAAUAACGACAACCCCAACAACAACACUAAUGCUUCUAAUAACAAUAACAAUAACAAUACCCUAAUAAUACCUUCCCCAAACAUCAUACAAAGCAAACUACCAAAAAAGAUCACUACCACAAAGGGUAAGUACUCUUUAACUGAUUUCCAAAUCCUAAGAACCUUGGGAACUGGCUCCUUUGGCAGAGUUCAUCUAGUAAGAUCCGUUCAUAAUGGCAGAUUCUAUGCAAUGAAAGUGUUAAAAAAAGCACAGGUCCACAAAAUGAAACAGGUAGAACAUACCAAUGAUGAAAGAAGAAUGCUCAAAUUGGUCGAACACCCCUUUAUAAUUAGAAUGUGGGGCACCUUCCAAGAUAUCAGAAACGUCUUUAUGAUAAUGGAUUAUAUCGAAGGUGGUGAGCUAUUCUCCCUAUUAAGAAAAUCUGGCAGAUUUCCAAACCCUGUGGCUAAAUUCUAUGCUGCUGAGGUUUGUUUAGCUCUUGAAUAUUUGCAUGACCACAACAUAAUUUAUAGAGACUUGAAACCAGAAAACAUCCUAUUGGACAAAAAUGGCCACAUAAAAUUAACUGAUUUCGGUUUUGCAAAGGAAGUCCCCGAUGUUACUUAUACUCUAUGUGGUACUCCGGAUUAUAUUGCUCCUGAAGUUGUUGCAACCAAAGCCUAUAACAAAAGCGUAGACUGGUGGUCCUUUGGUAUAUUGAUCUUUGAAAUGCUAGCUGGUUUCACCCCCUUUUGUAAUCCCAAUCCAAUGAAAACUUAUGAAAAUAUUUUGGCUGGCAACGUUAUUUAUCCCAGCGAUUUUCAUGCUGAUGUUCUAAACUUGUUGAAAAACUUAAUCACUGCUGACUUAUCAAUUAGACUAGGCAAUCUACAAGGUGGUUCUCAGGAUGUCAAAAACCAUCCCUGGUUCAGUGAAGUCAUUUGGGAAAGAUUGUUAAACAGAGACAUUGAAACUCCAUAUGAACCUCCAAUCCAAAGUGGUAUUGGUGAUACAAGUCAAUUCGAUAGGUAUCCUGAAGAGGACUUAGACUAUGGUAUUUAUCAAGGUGAAGAUCCGUAUGCUUCUUUAUUCGAUGAAUUUUAA